CUGCCCUUAGCCAAAAUGGCGCCAGCUCGGAAGUUGCCGAAGUUGACGAAGCAGGUCCGGAAGCUGCCGAGCGAGUCCGGAAGUUGCCGAAAGAGAGCAGCGGGGAAGGAGGAUGGCGGAUAUCAUCGCAAGACUCCGGGAGGACGGGAUCCAAAAGCGUGUGAUAGAGGAGGGCCGAGGAGAGCUCCCUGACUUUCAGGAUGGAACUAAGGCCACGUUCCACUACCGGACUCUGCGCAGUGACGAUGAGGGCACCGUGCUGGACGACAGCCGGGUGUGCGGCAAGCCCAUGGAGCUCAUCAUCGGCAAGAAGUUCAAGCUGCCCGUGUGGGAGACCAUUGUGCGCACCAUGCGGGAGGGCGAGAUCUCUCAGUUCUGCUGCGACGUCAAGCAUGUGGUCCUGUAUCCACUGGUGGCCAAGAGUCUACGCAACAUUGCAGCUGGCAAAGACCCCCUGGAGGGCCAGCGGCACUGCUGCGGCAUCGCCCAGAUGCACGAGCACAAUUCCCUGGGCCACGCCGAUCUGGACGCCCUGCAGCAGAACCCCCAGCCUCUCAUCUUCGACAUCGAGAUGCUUAAGGUGGAGAACCCUGGCACGUACCAGCAGGACCCGUGGGCGAUGACGGAUGAGGAGAAGGCAAAGGCAGUGCCGGUCAUACACCAGGAGGGCAACCGGUUGUACCGCGAGGGCCGUGUGAAGGAGGCUGCCGCCAAGUACUACGACGCCAUCGCCUGCCUCAAGAACCUUCAGAUGAAGGAACAGCCUGGGUCCCCUGACUGGAUCCAGCUGGAUCUGCAGAUCACACCACUGCUGCUCAACUACUGUCAGUGCAAGCUGGCGGCCCAGGAGUAUUACGAGGUGCUGGACCACUGCUCCUCCAUCCUCAACAAGUAUGAUGACAACGUCAAGGCCUACUUCAAGCGGGGCAAGGCGCACGCGGCAGUGUGGAAUGCCCAGGAGGCCCAGGCUGACUUUGCCAAGGUGUUGGAGCUGGACCCCGCCCUGGCGCCCAUCGUGAGCCGUGAGCUGCGGGCCCUCGAGGCAAGAAUCCGGCAGAAGGACGAGGAAGACAGGGCCCGCUUCCGGGGCAUCUUCUCCCACUGACAGGGCCCUGCUGGCCCAGCCACCCUGCCCAGCUCACUGCUGCUGCUAGCAGCCCCCCCGCCCCCGCCGUAUCAUGCUUCUCUGUAUAUAAAGGCCUUAUUUAUCUCUC